AUGGAAAUCAUUAAAUGGUUGGAUGUUGGAAUCAUAUACCUCAUCAAAGAUAGUAGUUGGGUCUGCCCUAUUUUGUGUGUACCUAAGAAAGGUGGGGUUAAUGUGGUUCCUAAUGCAAAAAAUGAGCUUGUUCUGAUGAGGAAAGUGACGGGAUGGAGAGUGUUCUUGGACUACCACAAUCUUAAUGCUUGUACACAAAAAGACCAGUUCCCGAUACCAGUCAUAGAUGAGAUGAUAGAUCGCCGUGAUGAUAAGGAAGGAUACCAUUUGGGAUGUGUAAUACUCCAGAAACCUUCAACGUUACAUGAUGUUGAUAUUUCAAAUAUGGUGGAGGAUACUAUUAAGGUACUUAUGGAUGAUUUAUUUGUGGUAGUUUACUCGUUUGAUGGAUGUUUGAUGCAUCUAGACGAGGUAACAGAAAAGCUUCCACCACCUAUCUCUAUUAGAGGUGUUAGAUGUUUUCUUGGGCAUGAAGGCCUUUAUCGGAGGUUUAUCAAGGAUUUCUCCAAAAUUGCACACCCUUUGUGCAAAUUGAUUUAA